CCAUACCCAAACACAAAGCUUAUUUGAGAGAUCUUCUGAGUUUUCAUCCAGCAAAUCUAUGGAAGCAUAUUUUAUCCAAAAGCUACACACCAGAGGACAUCUGAUGCCUGUCUAUCAUAGUCUGGAAAAGAUCAUGGAGAUUGAAAAGGUAGUAUUCUUUUUAGUAUUGCCAACUUAUUUUCUCUGCUGAAAAACAAAUUCUAAUACUUUCUUAUAGGAAACUCUAAAACUAGGUAUUGUUUAAUGGGAAAUAUUAUAGAAGGAGUAAUCUCAAGCAAUAAAAAUAUUUGGAAGGACCAGUUUUAUUCAUUCAAAGUUAACCUUGAAAAAAUAGUUCAGCUAAUAAUAACUGAUAUAUACAAUAGUGUCACAAAUAAUUGUGCUAAAGGUGAUACUCUUACAAGAAAGGAAUUCACAAACACAUGUGAUAGUAGUCUUAGUUUCGCCGAGAGAUCAAAGAGCACUGUUGCUUAUAAGAAUAUCUUAAAGAAUACCCAGGAUUCAGUCCCUUUAAAUCAAUCAACUGAGGAUCAGUUCUCUCGGAGCAAGGUUAUUGAAGAUUUCAAACCUGUAUCAAUUCAGACAAAGAAUUCUCUUGCUAGAGAGGAGAUUAAAGGAAAUUAUGAUGAAGAUGAACUAGUUCAAUAUGAUGAACCUACUUUUAGAUUAUCUCCAAGGAAAACCAUCCAAAGUGCCAGCAGAGGUUCGAAAAAGAAGCGUGCUAAAUCAAGGAAAUCUUCUCAAAGUAAGAGACUCAGACAAUCCAAACUUAGAAUGUCAGGUCACAGACUUUAUAAUGAAGAUGCUGAGAUCAGCUUAUGAUGAGAGACAAAUGAAGUUAAAAUAAAAAGGAAACAAAAACCCAUCACUGGGAAGGGAAUUACAGAAUUCUAUAAUCAUCUAGUAGACAGUGAUUUCACCAACAUCUCAUCUAGCCCUGUAACUUUUGGCAAGGCUAGUAGGUUUAAUGACUGUAAGGAGUCAUCUCCUGGUCCUGGCCACUACAAUCCUAGCCGUAACAGAGUGAGCAAUUAUAAAAUAUCAAAAACCUACUCAGAAAUCACGAAGAAGAAAGGUCUUAAAAAGCGACUCGAUUAUUUUAACUAA